AUGGACACUGCACACAAAGAUUUCGAUUCUUCAUCAUCAACGGGAAGCAAUGGAGAAGCAAGUGGACGUAUUCAACUUAAGAAAAGCAUGGGUCUACUAAAUGGUGUAACAAUAAUAGUUGGGAGUAUAAUAGGAUCCGGGAUAUUCAUUACACCUAGUGGAGCUUUGAUAAAAAGUGGGAGCGUUGGUGCUACAAUUAUCGUCUGGUUCGUGGCUGGUAUAUUUUCUACCCUCGGGGCUUUAUCGUUCGCUGAGUUGGGUACCACCAUAUCAAGGAGCGGAGGUGAAUAUGCCUACAUAUUAGAAUGCUUCGGGAGGGUUCCCGCGUUUUUAUACCUUUGGGUAAAUAUUCUAAUGGUGAGGCCCAUUAUGUUAGCCAUUGUAUCGAUGGCGUUCGGUUACUACUUACCUAAGCCGUUUCUCACUUUUAUGGACGAUUCAAAUCUGACCCUAGAACAAACAAAAUUUUUGGACGAUUUAGCUAAAAUUAUAGCCGCUAUAGGCCUGAUACUACUGGUUAUAAUAAAUUCAAUGAGCGUGAAAAUCGCCAUUAAAAUUCAAGACAUUUUUACUAUUGGGAAACUGAUAGCUUUGGGUUGCGUUAUAUUAGCCGGGGUCGUAAAACUAUGUCAAGGUCAUGUUCAAAAUUUUCAAAACCCAUUCGAAGGGACAAAUUCCAUAAAAGACGUUUCAUUAGCCUUAUAUUCCGGGUUAUUUGCAUAUGUGGGAUGGAAUUUCUUGAAUUGCGUAACCGAUGAGCUAAAAAAUCCUUACAGAAAUCUGCCUCUCUCUAUAAUUAUCGGAAUGCCCAUAGUAACCAUAGUAUAUGUCUUAACAAAUAUAGCCUAUUUCGUCAUUUUAACACCGAGAGAAAUAAUCGAUUCUAAAGCUGUCGCGUUUGAUUUUGCCUCCAAAUUGGAUUACCGAUUGGCUUGGGUCAUGCCAAUAUUUGUCUCUUUAUCGGCUAUCGGUAGCGCUAACGGUAUUUUGUUUACAUCUGGAAGUGCAAAUUCUGAAAAAGAUAUAAAAUUAGCCAAAGUCGAUCGACGAUUAGAAAUAUAUUACAGGGAUAAAAAUACCGAUAAUUUUGAGCCUACUAAAAAUAGGGAACUUCUAAGGACAACAAAAGAGGAUUCUAUGAAAAAUUAUUUCAAAUCGGCAUAUCUUUUCUUCAAAAAUAUAAUUUGA